AUGCAAUCUUCAUCAUCUCUUCGUUUUCUUGCAAUUGGUGAUUCAUUAACUGCUGGUUAUAGUGAUUAUGGUUUAUCUUUUCAUCCAUAUUCGAUUCAACUAACAAAUUUAUUUUCAUCUCUCAAUAUUCCAAUAACUGUUGAUCAACAUGGUGUAAGUGGUGAACAUGUUGUUCCAUCAAUGGUCAAAAGGCUUGAAAAACUCUUAUCAAAUAAAGAUAAAUCAUAUUAUGAUUGGAUAAUUAUAUUAGGUGGUACUAAUGAUUUAGGUUAUAAUAAAAAAGCUGAUAAAAUCUUCAAUGAAGGUUUAAAACUAAUGUAUAAUAUGGUUCUUGAAAAUACAAAUCAAAAUACAAAAUUA